AAGGUUUUCCGCUGAAAGGUUUCUGAUUACAUUUUUUGUAACUGUUAGCCUGUGCUAUUGAACGAUAAUUGACUGGUUCUACUUGUUUGGUUUCUGUGAACUUCUUAUUGAAGUUCCAAUCUAUCAUGAUCGCUAUAGUGUUGAGAAACGUUAGUAAGAGCGCUGCAAAACUUUCUUCUUUUCAUUCUCGAACCUUCUCGAAUAUUGGCCCAUUAGAAACAUCACAAGUGGAGCAAUGGAGACACUCGGGUUACACGGUUGUUUCCAAUCUCCUGGAAAGGGGUCUUAUAGAGGAAUCCGCGCAUCUCAUGGCAGACCCGAACAGGAAACACAACUGGGACUUCGGUUCUGACGGAGAGUUCGAGUUUCCGACAGGUCACGUGAUAGAUGAGAUCACAGUACACGAGCAGCUGAUUGGAGCGGUGAAGCAGCUGUUGGGAGAGGAGGAAGUGCUGUUGACUCAGAGCGAUGCUUGGUUGAAGGCAGGAAGCAAGGACAACAAUCCUCAGAGUAACAAGAAUCAGAGGUUCCACAUGGACUACGGCAACCACACUUUCCUACACCCACCAGAGUGGCAACAACCUGAAGCUGUGGCUGCUAUUGUUUAUUUAUCCGAUAUAGAGAAAACAGGAGGGGGCACAGCAGUAGUGGAAAGGACAGGACCAGAAGACCAACUCUACCAACCACCCUACAUAAACAUGCCCGGACAGGCCGGCCACCCCUUUAUCAACGACAGAGAUCACUGUGAGACUUACUUUGCUGAGAACUUCCCUGAAGUUGCAAGGUUUAGAGAGAAGCUAUAUCAGAGACAGGUUAUACCCGACUAUAGUAAAGGCGACGUAUUGUUGUAGAGAUACGACACAUGGCAUAGAGGGACCCCAGUUCAUCCCAACCAGGUCCGCUGUGUCAUGAACCUCGCCUGGAAGAAGAAACAGUCUCACUGGUUUGGGGUGUGGAACCCCGGGUGGGCCACUAAGAAUUACUAUGGGGUCUCCGAGAAACUGUUUACUGAUAUGAGUCCGGUUCAAAGGGCCACGAUAGGAGUACCGCUACCUGGACACCAGUAUUGGGAUAGGAGGAAGUUGGGGUAUCUUCAGGCUCGGUACCCUAGUAUUGACAUCAAACCUUACCUCGAGAAGCUUGACUAGGGUUGAAAUUUGUUUAGCUUGUACUUACUGGUCAUUAAUUUGUGGGGGCUACAAUUUUUUGUUAAUGUUAUUCUGAAAAAUAUAUUUGUUCGGUUUAAGUGAUUGGUCAUCGGCGCAAAAAGUGAACUGAAGGGUUUAUUACCAUCAAGGUCUACCUAACUACAAAAUAAGAUUUUAAAUAUAAGUGAUCUUGCUAUGACUUGUGAAAGUUACAAACACAACUAAGUCUAAAGGUGCGUACAAGGAAAAGCUCUUACCUACUGGGCUGAGAUUCCUUGCAAACAAAACAUUGUCGUCAUUAAAAGUCUUCAGAGGUCGGCAAAUUUGAAUAUAUUAAAAUAGAAUAAAGCUGAAACUUUUGCCGGUGAUGCCUCGCAAUAUUGUCAAGGCAGGCAAUGCUAUCAUCAGGAGGUGCUUCACCUUUCCUGCCUCAUUGCU